AUGGCAUCACUAGCAACCUUUGCUGCAGUGCAACCAGCCACCAUCAAAGGCCUUGGUGGUAGCUCCCUCAGUGGAACCAAGCUCCAUGUUAAGCCAUCUCGCCAGAGCUUGAGACCCAAAAACUUGAGGAGUGGUGCUGUGGUGGCAAAGUAUGGUGACAAGAGUGUGUACUUUGAUUUGGAGGAUUUGGGUAACACUACUGGGCAAUGGGACUUGUAUGGAUCCGAUGCACCUUCACCAUACAACUCUCUCCAGAGCAAAUUCUUUGAGACAUUUGCAGCUCCAUUCACCAAGAGAGGAUUGUUGCUCAAGUUCUUGAUAUUGGGAGGUGGCUCCACCCUUGCUUAUGUGAGUGCUUCAGCUACUGGUGACGUUCUACCAAUCAAGAAGGGUCCACAACUUCCACCAAAGCCUGGGCCUCGUGGCAAACUCUGA